AGCUGCAGUAACAUUUUGGUUUUCAGUGCCCUCCUCGUCUGUCCCUGGUGUCACUGCAUGCUGGCUGUGCAGAACUGUGAUUUGGCACAAGCAGCACUGCUUGGCAGGGUGCUUCGUAAAUCCCAGUAUGGAGCAAAAAGUCAUUCCUGUGUUAGGAAAGCAAAUGUUUUCUUGGAGAAGUGGAGCCUCCUUGAGAAGCCAGUGAUUGGGAACCAACGCAGCAACCCUGCACAUGUUGUUGUAAUUAAGGCCCGGCCUUUCCUGGAUCCUGAAAUAACGCAACAAAUAAUUGUGUUCAGAAACAGUGGAUGUGUUGAAUUGUUUCCAGCAGUGGAAGAUAGAGUUGCUUACCAUUGGGACAGAGCUGGAUGUGGACGUGGAGCCAUGUCAGGCUGUGCUGUGACAACAGAGCAGCGGGUGGUGAAGGAGGAGAUCUCGGAUGACAAUGCAAAGCUGCCCUGCUUCAAUGGAAGGGUGGUGUCCUGGCUGGUCCUGGCUGAAGGCUCCCAUUCUGACACAGGCUCACAGUGCACCGAGAGCCACGCAGACCUUCCACCUCCCAUCGAGAGGACGGGUGGCAUUGGAGACUCCCGGCCUCCAUCGUUCCACCCAAAUGCUGCCAGCAGUCGGGAUGGACUGGACAAUGAAACAGGAACAGAGUCAGUUAUCAGCCACCGUCGAGACAGACAUCGACGGAGGAAUAGAGAAGGGCACGAGGAUGUCCCUCGAAUCAAUGGCCAUCCCAAACUGGACAGACAUCGUGAGCACCCUCCUGGUUACGACAGCUCUUCUACCAUGAUGAGCAGCGAGCUGGAAUCCAGCAGCUUCAUCGACUCGGACGACGAUGACAACACCAGCAGGUUGAGCAGUUCCACUGAGCAAAGCACUUCCUCACGGCUCAUACGGAAGCAUAAGCGCAGGAGGAGGAAACAAAGGAUGCGGCAGAUUGACAGGUCAUCCUCGUUCAGCAGCAUCACAGAUUCCACCAUGUCCCUAAACAUCAUCACUGUCACACUCAACAUGGAAAAGUAUAACUUCCUGGGAAUCAGCAUUGUAGGACAAAGCAAUGACCGGGGUGAUGGUGGCAUAUACAUUGGCUCUAUUAUGAAAGGAGGGGCUGUGGCAGCAGAUGGACGAAUUGAACCAGGAGACAUGCUUCUGCAGGUGAAUGAUGUCAAUUUUGAGAACAUGAGCAAUGAUGAUGCAGUACGGGUGUUAAGGGAAAUAGUCUCCAAGCCAGGACCUAUUAGCCUAACGGUAGCCAAGUGCUGGGACCCCACUCCCAGGAGUUAUUUCACCAUCCCCAGGGCUGAACCAGUGAGGCCAAUUGACCCUGCAGCGUGGAUCUCUCAUACCACAGCCAUGACGGGAGCGUACCCCCGUUACGGUAUGAGCCCCUCCAUGAGCAUCACCACAUCUACCAGCUCCUCACUAACAAGCUCAAUUCCCGAUUCGGAAAAAUUAGAAGAAUCUCCCUUAACUGUGAAGAGCGACAUGGCUACUAUUGUCAAGGUCAUGCAGCUGCCAGACUCAGGCCUUGAGAUCCGGGACAGGAUGUGGUUAAAAAUUACCAUCUCCAAUGCAGUAAUAGGAGCAGAUGUUGUUGACUGGCUUUACACACACGUGGAAGGCUUCAAAGACCGACGGGAGGCUAGGAAGUAUGCCAGCAGCAUGUUAAAACACGGCUACCUCAGGCACACUGUGAACAAAAUCACCUUCUCAGAGCAGUGCUAUUAUGUCUUUGGAGACCUCUGUGGCAAUAUGGCUGCACUGAACCUCAACAAUGGUUCUAGCGGAGCCUCUGAUCAAGAUACCCUUGCUCCACUUCCACAUCCUGCUGCUCCCUGGCCUUUAGGCCAAGGAUACCCCUAUCAGUAUCCUCUGCCCCCUCCGUGUUUUCCACCAGCAUACCAAGACCCAGGCUUUAGCUAUGGCAGUGGCAGUGCAGGGAGCCAGCAAAGUGAAGGAAGCAAAAGCAGCGGCUCGAACCGAAGCAACAGCGAGAACAGCAGGAGGGCUCUUGGCAGAGAGAAGGACCGCAAGUCGGCGGGCAGUGGCAGUGAAUCUGAGCACACUGCCUGCAGUGGUGGCACCGGCACGGCGCGCCGCGAGAGGCCCGUCAGCCAGCUCAGCCACCGCAGCCACGUCUCUGCCACCCACAGCGAGAGGAGCCACCACAGCCAUCAUUCUUACGGGCCUCCGGGUGUCCCACCCCUCUACAACCUCCCCAAACUGGGCUCGAAAGUCUACGGGACGAGCGGACCCCCUGGAGGGCCUCCGGUGAGAGAACUGAGCUCCGUUCCUCCGGAGCUGACGGGGAGCCGGCAGUCCUUCCAGAAGGCCAUGGGCAACCCUUGUGAAUUCUUUGUCGACAUCAUGUGAGAGGAAGUGCCUUCAGACUCUGCUUUGGGGAGGGCCGGGGAGGAUCGUUUUGGGGCCGGGUGGGAAAUGUGGUCGUUGUCAGAUGCUGAAGGGAAGAAGUUUGUCUGCUUUGCAUGUCACGCCUUCCCGGUUUGCAAUGGUGUGUUGCAGAAAAACCAACAACACGAAGCAACAACAACAA